AUGGGAUCAUUGACUGGUUACAAAUAUCAUGACAGGUGCACUCAAUUGAGAUUAAUUCAUCUGUGUUUUGCAUUUGAUCUUCUACUAUUCUCUCAUGGAGAUUAUAUCUCCAUUUUAUUGAUGCUCAGGGGACUAAAGAUUUUCUCAUCUUCAUUUGGUCUGCUGCCAAGUGAGACCAAAUUUGCGAUAUACUGUAGUGGCAUGGAUGAUUCUGAGGUGCGCAGAGUGUUAAGGUCUCUGGUUUCACUAGAAGUCAUUUACCUUUCAGGUACCUUAGCAUUCCAAUUUGCUCUUAAAAUAUUUCUACUGCAGAAUGUGGGAAUAAUGAUAUUACCAAAGAAGCUAUUGCGAGAUGUUGAAGCUAUAUGUAGAGCAUUUCUUUGGAAAGGAAUGACAUAUAGCUCGGGGCCAGGAUUAGUUGCUUGGAACAAUGUUUGCCUUCCCAAGAAAGUUGUAGGCUUGGGUUUUAGGAAGGUAAUUUAUUGGAAUGUUGUAGCUAUGGGGAAAUAUAUUUGGGCCAUUGCCUCUGAAAAAGAUAAUUUGUGGGUUAGGUGGAUUCACAGUGUUUACUUGAACAAUCUUGACUGGUGGGAAUACAAAAUUCCCACUGAUUGCAGUUGGUAUUGGAAGAGAUUGGUUGCUGUCAAACAUCCAUUUAAAGCCAAGAUUGAUCUGAAUGCUUUUGCAGCAACAAAGUAUAGCAUUAAAAUAGGGCACGACCUUUUAUUUGAUCAUACAAUCAAAGUGCAUUGGAGUAAUGUUGUUUAG